GCGCACGUAGUCUAAACAGUCAUGUGUUUACGGAUAACAAGGCUUUAACCUCUGAACACUUUACAUGGAUUGGGUAGUGAACAAAAAUUAAUGUUCAAAUGAAGGUAAUCCUGGAAUCUGAAGAAAAAAAGGAAGAAUUUUGUUAUGAAAAAUACUUUUGACUAAAAAGUGAAGGUUAAUUCAGUGCUUCUUGAAACAAAAUGAUACUGUUAAAUGUGAUAAGUCUGUUAUUUGUUUUAUCAAUUCUGCCAUCUACAAUAGCAUUCAGAAGUGAGAACAUUGUUAUUCCGCAUGAUGCUCAACCAGGUCAUAUUAUUAAAAAAUACACUUAUAAUGGACAAACGUUCAACAUACUCGAUAUCGAGUUGUCAGACACUUUUGUUAUUCUUAGAAACGGUAUUCUCAUGUUAACUUCAGAUAUUUCUCAUAAAGUAGGACACCCAUUUUAUCUAGUCGUUAAAGAAGAGUACCAAGAAUUUACGUUACAUGACAUCCUUGUAAUACACGUGAAACAUAAAAAACAUAUGUUGAGGUUUGACAAUGAUCUCUACUGGGGAAGAGUGUCAGAGAAUCUUCCCUCUGGCACAUUGGUCAAAGGUCUGGAAAAAUUAUUUGCUUUUGGAGGACAAAACAACGAAGUUAAGUACAGCAUUGUCUCUGGAAAUGAUGACAACUCCUUUAGCAUCAUUCCCUCUUCCCUCAACAGGUCAGUAGUUGUUGCUGUUGUGACUAAUCAUCCUCUUGAUCGAGAACGGCAAGCCAUUUACAAGUUAUUGUUGCGAGCUGCAGAUGAACUGGAGAUCGACAGUGCUGAAACAGUUCUCUUCAUCAGUGUGUUGGAUAUGAAUGACAACCCUCCAAUUCCUGAAAAGUAUAUCUACAAAUAUCACGUACCACGAAAUACGAAACGCUUUUCUGUCAUCGGAACUAUCAGAGCCACAGAUAAAGAUGGAGAUCGUCCUAUUUAUCAUUUUCAAACUCGUCAUCCAAAACUUACCAUAAUUCCCCAAACUGGUGAGAUUUUACUGACAGGAACACUUGAUCAAGAAACUUACAAGUUAUUCAUAAAAAUUCACGAUAAUCGCAAUCCUCGAAAAUAUAGCCAAAGUAUUCCUUUAAUCAUCACUACAUCUAAAUCAGAUCCAUUUAUCAGAGCAACGACUUUAUUGGACGUAACUGAAAAUGACACGCAACAUCUAGUGCGGGCAAAACGAUCUGUAAGGGCUACGAAAAGUUAUGAAUACAAGGAAAGUGAUGGAAGCAUUGUUCAUAAAAUCAUGUUUCAGUUGGAAAAAGAACACCCCAAAGAAGUUUUUGAAGUCGAAAGUCCUAAUCGAUGGGUACAGGUAGAUAAGGCGGGCGUUAUCAGAGUGAAAGAACCGUGGAAUUAUGAACAUCUAGGGAAAGAAAAAACUAUUGAUUUCUGGGUACUUAUAUCAAAGCCAGGUGCUUCAGAGCGUGAAAGAGAACGUAUUAUCAUCCACAUCCAGGAUGUCAACGAUGAACCACCUUACUUCAUCAAUCGUCCGUUACCAUUACAAGCAGUAGUCCAACUUAACGCUGUUCCUGGCACGUCAGUCUUCAAACUUCAAGCCCGAGAUCCAGACACCGACCAUAAUAUUCACUAUGUAUUAGUCCGCGACAGAACUGGAGGUCGAUUUGAGGUGGAUGAACGGUCCGGAGAGGUGAGGACUAGAGGUAAAGAACCAUUCAUGUUGGACAAGGAGUACGUUUUGUACAUUAAAGCAGAAGACCGCAAUGGAAAGAUCAGUCAGUACAAAUACCAGUCCACCCCUGAAAUGAGACUGUCUAUCAUGGGAGGAAAACGGGCUCCGCAGUUUUACAUGGAAAAAUAUGAGACCAGUAUUCCAGAGAACCAGAAGAAAGACUCAGAUGUCAUCGAGGUCAAGGCCAAGUCAUUCGCUGACCGUUUGAUUCGGUACACUCUACGAGCUAAGGGAUCGGGCGCUGGAACCUUUAAUAUAGAUUCUUCUGUUGGUAUUGUGAAAUUAGCCAAGGACCUUGACUACGAAGACCUUCGACAACCCCAAACAUAUUUCUUAGUGGUAACUGCAACAGAAGAUUCAGGGGGUUUCUCAACAUCUGUUGAUCUAACAAUCACAGUACAUGAUGUCAAUGACAAUCCUCCACGUUUUGAACUUCCCGACUACCAAGCCCAUAACGUUGACGAGGACAUUCCACAAGGAACCUCAGUUUUACAAGUGUCUGCAUCAGAUAUGGAUUCUGACAAAAAUGCUGAAAUAACGUACACUAUCGAGAGUCAAGUUUUCACAAUUGACAACAGAGGAAUCAUAUAUUCAAAUAAAAGAUUGGAUGCUGACGUUAACAAUACCUACGAAUUUACUGUCGAGGCCAUUGACCACGGAGAUCCUCAGUUGACUGGCACAGCUACUGUUCGAAUUUACACAGAAAACAAAAACGACGAAUUUCCUAAGUUCAGCCAGGACGUUUACACCCCUAACGUAGAUGAAAAUGCAGGGCCUAAUACUUUAGUAACCACGGUAGUCGCCAGUGACAAGGAUGGUGAUAAUAUUCAUUUUGGAUUUGUUGGAGGAGGAACCGUCUCAGGCAUGUUUCAGAUCGAGGAAAGAACAGGAGUGAUCCGCUUAAUUAGCGGAAGCAUCCAGUUAGACAAAGACAAAUACGAGUUGAACGUUACUGCUCAAGAUGACGGUUCGUGUUGCAAGGAUGGUAGCUUAACACCCCACACAAGUACAGCUCUAGUUGUUGUCUUCAUUACUGACGUUAAUGACAACAAGCCUACGUUUGAAGAAUGCGACACCUACUCGCCAACAGUGAAAGAAGGAGCAGCUAGUGGCACUACCGUUAUUACAGUUAAAGCCUCUGACAAAGACAAAGGGCAUAAUGGAUUAGUUCGAUACAGCAUAGUGAAACAACCCAAUCAGAAAGGAACGAAGUUUCUAGUGGAUGAAGUUUCUGGAGUUGUAAAGACAAACAAGGUGUUUGAUAGAGAAGGAGAAGAUGGUCGAUUUGUAAGUUUGACCGUUAAAGCUACGGACAGAGGCAAUCCUCCGCUUGAGGGAGCCUGUUCCUUUAAGGUCGAGAUUACGGACAUCAAUGACAACCCCCCACUUUUUGAUCGACAUGAAUACAAAGAACACGUGAAGCAAGAUACACCCGUUGGAACAAGUCUUUUACGAAUGUCAGCUUCAGACGAAGAUGCUGAUAACAAUGGAGCUGUAGUGUACAACUUAACAUCUUCCCACAACCCAUUAGACCUUAGCUACUUCACAGUCAAUCCUGACUCUGGUUGGGUCAUUCUUCAGAAGCCGUUAGAUCGUCAACAGUACAAUUUACGGGCCGUUGCUUUAGACAAAGGAAAACCACAAAAUAAGGCAACAGUGGAAUUAACUAUAGAAGUCGUAAACAGAAACAGCAAUCCUCCAGUGUGGGACCAACCAGUUUAUGGCCCAAUUGCAAUCAAGGAGAAUAUUCGGCUUGGAGAAGUGGUUACUAGUAUUAAAGCUAAGUGA